AUGUUGCUGGACUUUGCAAUCUUCAGUCCCCUCGAUGACCCUUCUUCGGUGAUCAAACUCAGAACAUGUGCCGAGGGGGAUAGCAGCAACUCUCAAGCUGCACCUCUGUCUUUAUCGGUACCCUCGGCUGGGAAGCGAGCUAUCGAAGACACCUUCAGUGACACGAGCUGCAUCACAGCAGACGGUUCGGAGGUUGAUCUUGAGUUGCUCAUAAGCAGCUCAGAAAGCACCCUUUCAUCAACCCAUCUGGACUCCGCUUUGAGUACUCUCGAACAGUACAUGUCGAGCUCAACUCACUGUCAGACCAAGUUCCUCGUCGGGUAUAGCCAAGGCGCUGUUGUUGCUAUUCAUAGUGGUGACGCUAUCGACAAUGGCCGUACCAUACCCUCCAUCUUGAAUCAGGUCAAAAGCCAUCUUGACUCAUCUUCACCUUCGAAUGCUAUUGCCGAGCUUUGUGGCGAUGACAGAAACGCUGACUAUACCUUUGGUAUCGCCAUCGAUACAACGGGGGAUCUUGCUUCUGUUCAGAAAGCAGUUGCAUCAUGGAGCAACGGAACUUGCUUCGCUGCUGGACAACCUACAACCAAGCUGUCGGGUGUCAAAAUCUUCGAGGCCCCUCUUAUUUCCAUUGGCCAUGGAAAUGCUACGAAGCGAUCUGCCAGGAGCCACAAACACACCCAUGGACAUGCGCACUUACACAAACAUGAGGCUCGAGCGACCUGCAAGGCCAUCAGCGUGAUCGGCGGUGACUCAUGUGGUUCAUUGGCCUCCAAGUGCGGCAUUACAGCUGCCAACUUUUCGAAGUACAACCCUAACAAGAAGCUCUGUUCCACGUUACAACCUGGUCAAAGGGUAUGUUGCACUGCCGGUAAUCUACCCGACAUCACCCCCAAGCCAGGUAAAGACGGAAGCUGUGCCAGUUACAACGUUCACGCCGGUGACUAUUGUGCUUUGCUGGCCAACAGGAACGGUCUCACCGUUGAGCAGAUCGAAAAGUUUAACGACAAGACCACUUGGGGCUGGAACGGCUGCAAGAGCCUCGCCGCUGGUAUUAACAUCUGCUUGAGUACAGGAACACCUCCUCUCCCAGCUCCCGUAUCCAAUGCAGUUUGUGGCCCUCUUAAACCUGGAACUACGGCUCCCAAGAAAGGCCAGAGCUUAGCGGAUUUGAACCCUUGUCCAUUGAACUCUUGCUGUGAUGUUUGGGGACAAUGCGGCAUCACACCAGAUUAUUGUACGGCGGAGAAAGGGUUAACUGGCAAUCCCGGCACGGCACCUCCCAAGAAAAAUGGCUGUGUAUCCAACUGCGGCAUUAACAUCAAAAACAAUUCGGAUAAGCCCAAAGACUUCAUCAAGAUCGCGUACUAUGAGUCGUGGAACUGGGAUCGGCCUUGCCUCAAUUAUCGAGCCAUCAAUCUCGGUGGCACAACCUACACCCACGCCCAUUGGGGCUUUGCUACGCUCGACAAAAGCUACAACGUCGUUGUUAAUGACACCUACAAGCAGCUUGAUGACUUCUUAUCGCUUCCCAAUAAGAAGAUCCUCUCAUUCGGAGGCUGGGGAUACUCAACAGAUCCGAAAACAUUCGAGGCACUCAGGACAGCUAUGAACCCAGCCAAUGUUGACAAGUUUGUUGCCAACAUCGCUUCCUACCUUAGGAAAGGUUGGGAUGGUGUCGAUAUUGAUUGGGAAUAUCCCGGUGCUCCCGAUAUUCCUGGUAUCCCACCAGGCCUGAAGACAGAUGGCCCCAAUUACCUGACCUUUUUACAGAAGCUACGCAAAGCUGUCGGGACAUCAAAGAGCAUCUCGAUUGCUGCGCCUGCGUCUUAUUGGUACCUCAAGGCAUUUCCCAUAGCGGAUAUGGCUAAAGAGGUUGACUAUAUUGUGUAUAUGACCUACGAUCUUCACGGUCAGUGGGAUUACAAGAACAUUUGGGCUCAGGAUGGUUGCUCUGCUGGUAAUUGUGUCCGUAGUCAUGUUACGAGGGCUGGUGUUUCUGCCAGUAAGAUCAACGUCGGAGUCUCAAGCUACGGUCGUUCCUUUGGGCUUACAAGCCGCCCUGCUUGCCAGAAGUCACUGGGCGACAGUGGGUGCCACAUCAUGGGCCCCAAGUCUGGGGCAACGCCUGGUAACUGUACGCAAACGGCAGGCUACAUCUCUAACGCCGAGAUCGAAGAAAUCAUGGAUCUCAAUACUACAAGCGCCGGCGUCGAUUACGCUUAUGACAAAGCCAGUGACUCUGACACCCUCUUUUACGGCAACAAUUGGGUGGCUUACAUGUCCGAUACCACGAAGAAGUCCAGGAUUGAGCACUACCAAGGUCUGAACUUUGGUGGAACAGUUGACUGGGCUGUCGACUUGCAGCAAUUCACCGAUGAUGACCUGGACCCAGAAGGAGACGAUGAUCUACCUGACACAACACCUCUAGCAGCCUGCAGUGCCACUUACAGCACCUUCGAAGACCUUGAUGCCCAUGCCUCUAGUAUUCCCCAGCACUGUGUUGCUCAGUACACCAUCACCACCCUGAAGGCGCUACUGACUGAAACCCUCAACAACUACACCACACUGCUCAGUGAUGGUUAUGAUAAGAAGUUUGGUAUCUACUCUAAGGCGGUGGCGGGCAGUGCAAGCCAGUCGCUACUGGGAUUCAUCGACGACCACGGCAACGAUUACGCUACUUGCACUGUUGCGGAGACUUCCAUCUGCUGCAAGGCUUGCAAUGCUGAUAAGAAAUCCGAUUCAUACUGUGAUUAUUGCUUCGAUGGCAAAUGUUAUCACGAGUGCAAUGUCCUCGGUUGCACUAACAAGCGGGACGAUGUUCAGCCUUCUCAGGAGCUCAUUGUCAAGACUGUGAAUGAGUCUGAACCCUGCCCACCUAACUACAGCAAGCGUGGAUACGGGCCCGACAACCCUUACGAGCAGACUGUCUACUGGACUUGGAAGAAUUCUUCAGGUUUCUUCGCUGACCUCGAGUUGAAUACUGGUAUUCCCAAGUCCAAGACGAAGAUGGGAAACUACGACAGGAUGAACAGUUGCGCACCCUCAGCCAAGGCUGGUGAUGACUGUUGGUCUAUAGGCAUGUAUUACAACGUUCCUCUUAUCAACGGCUACUCUGCUUCUGAUGUUGCGAACCCCAAGGAGGUAGUCAGCAAAGGUCUCGAUAAGAUCAAGGGUCUUCCUUCGCAGAUAGACCAGGUGUUGACUGCGCUGCAACUGGAUGGCUACCUUGGUGACGAUAUGGAACUGAUCGACUCCUUAUCACUACCUAUCUUGAUGCUCGCCUCGGCUACGGAGAACAUGGGAACAGUUGUUCAGAUCGCAGACAAGAUCACUGAGGAAGAACGUAAAGCCUUCAUUCUAGCAUUUCUUAGUGCAAUCUUCCUCAUCGUUCCUGUCAUAGGAGAGGUGGUUGGCAGCGUUGCUGAACUGACAGAUAUUGGAACUGUCAUGGCUCUCCUCGGCGCUGCCGGCAACUCGGCUGUGGACAUCUAUACAGUGGUUGACGAUCCCAAGAAUGCGCCGUUGGCAAUAUUCGACCUCAUACUUGCCCCUCUUGCCAUUGCCGACAUUGCUACUAUCACCAAGGUCGCAAAUAUUCGCCGCGGAAUGAAAGAGUCUGAUAUUGCCAAGUUGGGCGAUCCUGUUAAGCGAAGGACGGAUAUCAUUGAUAAGGUCAAGGGUAUUUGUAGACCAGACUUGGAGUAG